UAUUAAUAUAUAUGUAUUAUACGAGAUAUGACAGAAGCUCGAAACAAAUGACUGUGAAUGAAAAGCCCUAUACGUGACAUAUUUUUUGAAGGGUAAGAUCGCAUUCUACCAAAUCACACAACACUUUUUUCUAUGUUUGGAACCUUUUUUUGACGUUUUGACGUCACGACUAUCGCGGUCCUGUCUUAUUUAUUGGUUAAUUAAAUUAAUUAAACAUUUUUAAUUAAAAUUACAAAUUUGUUGGCAUAAUUGUGAAAUUAUGAAAGCCACAGAAGCUAUAAAAGAUUUCAAAGUUGCAAUUAAAGAAGAGAACGAGGAAUAUGAUUUGGAAUGGAAUAAAGCUAUACACAGUCAGCUACAUACAGAAAUUGAAAUUGAAGAUGUUAAGAAUGAACCCAAAGAGGAGUCAGGUGAGACUAAAAAUUAAAGGAACUUCUCAAAUGGUGAUUAAAAUGGAAAAUAGAGAAGCAGAACCAGAAAAUUUACGUGAUGAAAAACCUGAUUCUUUUGUUGAAAUUCAAAGAGAAAAACCCUAUCAAUGUAACAUUUGUCAUAAAAAUUAUAAGAAAAACAAAGUUUUGAAAGCACAUUUGAAAUCGCACAUUGAUAAGAAAUCUUAUAAGUGUGAGAUUUGCUUUAAUCUGUUUUCGGCAUUAUAUAAUUUAAAAUUACAUAUGCGACUUCACACGGGAGAAAAACCUCACACAUGUGAGAUCUGCUCAAAGCAAUUUUCUCGAAGAGAUAAAUUAAAAGAACAUAUCCAGGAGCAUAGUGGGGAAAAACCUUUCAAAUGCAAAUUUUGUCCAAAAGAGUUUUUACGAAAUGGUCACUUACAGAGUCAUAUACGAGUUCACACUAAAGAAAAACCUUACAAAUGUGACGUUUGUUCAAAGCAGUUCAGUCAGACUAGUGCUUUGAAGUCACACGCUAAGUUGCAUGCCGGAGAAAAACUUCACAAAUGUGAGAUUUGUUUUAAACUGUUUUCCCGUAAUGAGCAUUUAAAACAGCAUAUUCGAUUCCAUAAUGGAGAAAAACCUUUCAAAUGCAAGUUUUGUUCAAAAAAGUUUUCACAAAGUAGUCACUUAAAGAGUCAUAGUAUAAGUGUGCACGUGCACACCAAUGAAAAACCUUAUAAAUGUGAUAUUUGUUCAAAGCAGUUCCGUCAGACUGGUGGUUUGAAGGCACACGCUAAGUUGCAUGAAAAACUUCACCAAUGUGAGAUUUGUUUAAAGCUGUUUUCCCGCAAUGAUUAUUUAAAACUGCAUAUGCGAUGCCAUACUGGAGAAAAACCCUUCAAAUGCAAGUUUUGUUCAAAAAAGUUUUCACAAAGUUCUCACUUAAAGAGUCAUAUUAUAAAAGUGCAUACCAAUGACAAACCUUAUAAAUGUGAUAUUUGUUCAAAAAAAUUUCGUUACGCCAAUACUUUGAAGAAACAUGCUAAACUGUAUAAUCACACUGUAAACACAGCUCACAAAUGUGAAAUAUGUCUCAAACAAUUUUUCCACAGAGGUAAUUUAAAACGGCAUAUGAUAUUGCAUGUGGGUAAGACGGGGAUAGAUGGUACACCGGUAUAGACGGACCCACAAAUCACCUACCUCUACAUGCUUCACGACAACGCUUUAUUUGGACAUGAACUUCAGUGCUCCAAGAGAUCUUAAUCGGAACUAAUCCAGGCGGAAAAUAACGCUAGAAUUUCAAAAUUUAAUUUCGGUGGAAACAUUAAAAUAAACUUACGUGCAUAGAAAUCGACCUACUUAAAAAUUUGGUGAUUUUUGAUGUCUCGUAUUUCUUAAACCUGUUGGCCGAUUUAAGUGAUUUUUUAAUAUGUUAUUUGAUUUUUUAACAAUACCUAUGUAAUAAUAUUGUUGCUAAACAGGUAAAUUUUCUUUGUAUACCGGGCGUACUAAUCAAACUGUGUUUUUUUUUCUCAAAGUUCGCAUCACCCUGUGGAAUAUUCUAGCAUUUAUAAGAUACUGAAAUUAAAACUCUAAAACCAAAAGUUGUACACUGCUGUAAAAUAUUCAAUAUACAGUAUAGCCUGAAAUAAACAGUACUGAAACUAAAACAUAGGUGUCUCUUUGUGCGCGCUGUCAUACCCAAAGUAAUUAGUAUAGACCUGUCAAGUAAUACUUGUAGUAUCAUAGUAAUAAAUUGUUAAAAAUGGUGUUGAAUACAGAGAAGAAAGUGAUUCUGGUGGAGCAUUAUUUUCGCUCAUACGGAAUCAGGCGAUAAUAUAAAAUAUUGCUGGACGGGUUAACUUGCCAUACCUUUGAACAAUUCGUCAAUCUUUUCAGGGACAUUUUCCAAGCAGAUUCAGUUCACGAUUUACUGACUUGCCUUAUCCUUCACAUUCUCCACACCUCAUAUCUCCAGACGCAUACAUUUGGGGGAUGUCUAAAACUGCCGUUUUUGUGCCAUCAGGGCCCUCUUACUAAACCUGGGACAACCCUUAUUCUAUACUAUAACAUGAUGGGAAACUUGGAACAUCGGUAUGAAGUCUGUCUUGAGCGAGGAGGAGCACAUUUAGAACAUGUAAUAAAGUGUUAAUAACAUGUACUUUUUAAAACACUAAAAUAAUUACAAGUUCAGUACUGUUUAUUUUGAACUAUACUGUAUUAAAUCAAUAAAUUCAAAAAUGAGGGCAAAAAAUAAUUGAUAUACAAAACAAAUAAAUAUUUAUUAAAUAUAACUACCUAGAUUAUUGACAACCUCUGAGUUAAGACAAGUGAAUCUAUGUGACUCUAAAUAUAAAACUAUAGUUACAUUAGUAAUGGAGUAGCUCUUAUAUGGAGCGUACCUCCAACUUACAUCUAGGUUAAAUAACAACCUUCACCAAAUAAUUGUACGAUUGCAAUACAUACAGCAACGUUAAAUCCUAUAGAAAAAUAAAUAGUAACGAUACCUCAAUAAUAUAAAUAAUAAAUAUAUAUAUACAGGGUGUCGGCGUAACUUGGGACCAUAUGGGAAACUUUUUUAAUAUCAAUUUUACGAAAAAAAGUCAUUCUUUAUAAAGUGCUCUGCAUAGUCUAAAACCUAAGAUGCAAUCAUCAGAUAUCAAAUUUUGUCAACAGUAUACGAGGUAUGUAAAAAAAUAUGAAUUUCGCUCAAGAGCAAACUACCUUUAUGUUUCAAAAUAUCAAAAAAAUUUAUUAUGAAAAGUUAUUUGUAAUUAAAACCAUAUUCAAAUAUGCAAUAACAGCCUUCUACUUGAAAAAAAAAUUUCUGAAAUUUUCCUAAAUUACCGAUUCCGAACAUCAUUUUUAUUUAUUAGACAUGUAAUAACUGUUUUACUAAUAAUUUUAAGAAAAAAAGUUAUUCUUCAUAAAAAUCUGUGCAUGGUCUAAACCUCAAGAUGCAACCUUCAGUUAUCCAAGUUUGUUCAUUUUAUACGAGGUGUGUCAAAUAAUAUGAAUUUAGAAAGAAUUUUUUGGAAAAAAUUGGUCAAAAAUUGAAAUUGGAAUACAUAUGAGAUGUAACAUAACCCCACAAAUUACGAGAGAUAAUUUUAUAAGAUAUUUAUGACAAGAUAAUUUUCCUCUGGGUGGAUAUUAUAGACAAUGAAAUUGUUAAAAGAUACUAGCCUCAAUUAAUAAGCUCACUGAAAGAUUUAAUAGUAAAUUUUUUUAAGACGUCAAAUUAGACAAAAAAUAUGGCGUCCAUAAUAAAAACAAGAUAGUUACCAGAUAACCACGACUCAACUGCCGGGAAUCUUCAAUCUCCUUUCGUCAGCCCACUAAACACAUAUAAUAAACUCGGAUACGUUAAUUUUUAAACAUUAUAUGACUUAAAACAUAAGAAUGAAAUAUUCGCCGCUUCCCUUGAAUAGGCUAUCUGCUACUCUAGAUAGACUUUCUAUUGUCUUGAAUGCUCCGACCAAAGUAACAUAUUUUCCGUCUUACGACGAAGAUGUCACAAUACAGUUAAUUUGUUUACUGACAGGAGGAGUAAACCAGGUACAAAAACUUACAGGUAGGUCUGCUAAUCUAUAGGUUUGUUAUGACGUUAGUGAAAGACGAAAUAUUCAUUAGAUUAUUGUUUUAAGUAUAAUUUAAUAACAGAACCUUAUUAGAAUUUAAAUAAAAUAACAAUAAAGAUGAUUAGAAGUUAACGGAAUGUUACAACAUGUUCUUCAUCAAUACACCGUGUUUCUAAAUAAGUACUUACCUACUACUUACUAGUCAACGCCCACCCUUGGCAUGUUAGCCAUUUGGUGGCGCGCUGACCCGGUGGUAGCCGUUUCUCGUAGGCGAUCUUCAUCCUCCUCGGGUGGGUCUGUUAUCAGGGCUGGGCACACUGGGAGGUGAGCAGCAUCCAUCUGGGGCUGAUUACAUAGUGGACAGUUGUCAUUUUCGCGGACGCCGAUGCGAUGUAGAUGGGAAAUGGGAAGCCAGGUAGUCAUGUCCCAUAAUUGUUCUGAACACGGCUACACUAAUGGGUUUUGGCAAGUUUCGAGGGAUUGGUGACUAUUAGGUGGGCCCAAGAUUUUCCAGCACCGGCUUGUAUUUGCUGCUCUUUUAUCUGCGCUUUGAUUCCUCUUCUAAUGGUGGAUUUUGCUGAUGUGUACGAUUGGAAGCUAGGGGGCUGUGGAAGAGUAGUGCCUUCUUUUGCAAGUUCAUCCGCCGCUUCAUUCCCUUCAACACCGACAUGACUAGGGAUCCAUUGUAGAGUAAUCAGCCACCCUUUUUCUAGCAAGUUCGAUAGUUGAACGCAACAAGAUAUUGUUUUGACACAGUCGGUAUAUCGAUUUGUCGACAGGGCGAGGAUUGCGGCUUGGCAGUCGAUGAAGAAGGCAACUUUUUGGGGGUGUUGGAAAUUCUCAAGAUUUUUUGCAGCUUCGUGUAUAGCAGCAAUUUCGCCAUCGUAGUUGGUGAGAGGGGCACCCACAGCUAUAGAGCCUUUGAAGAGCCUAUGGAGCCUUUGGUUCUAAAUAAGUGCAACAAACUCUAAGGGAUAAUUCUGCAUGAUGAAAUAAUGACAGUUUGCUUUAUAAACGUAUGUCCGCAAAUGUUUCGUUUUCGAGAUACGGGAUGUUGAAUUUUUUCUUUCAAACUGACGAUUUAUUUAUUGCUCUAAAACCAGUUGAGAUAUGCAAAUCAAAUUUGGUAGGUUUUAAGAGGUAGUUAUUGCGGAUUUUUUUACAUAAAAUUAAGAAUUAGCGUGCAUGCGGGUAAUAUGAUCAGGUAAUAAGACCCGUAUGCACGCCAAUGGUGAAUAUAAAAUUCUUAAUUUUAUGUAAAAAAAUCCGUAAUAACUACCUCUUAAAACCCACCAAAUUUUAUUUGCACGUCUCAACUGGUUUUAGAGCAAUACAUAAAUCGUCAAUUUGUUUGAAAAAAUUCAACAUCUCGGAAACGAAACAUUUGCAAACAUACGUUUAUAAAGCAAACUAUCAUUAUUUUUUCAUGCAGAAUUACCCCUUAAAGUUUGUCACACUUAUUUAGAAACACCGUGUAUUGAUGAAGAACAUGUCUAGUUGUUAAAGUACAGUGGAACCUCGAUUAUCAGUCAGGGCACCGGACCAAGGGUAUGACGGAUAAUCGAAAAGACGGUUAACAGAACAUUCAAAAAGUAAACCUUUUCUUUAGUUCUGCAACAAUUUCUAUUUUUUUUUUCAAUUGACAAACCAACACGUUUUCUUUUUGAUGCUCCAGAUGUGGAUGGCUCCAUUUUUCAAAACUUAAUUGAUCAAACGACUAAGUGACACAAUCAAUGUUCGAAUUUGAAUCAAACCGAAUUAUGGUGACACACAGAUAAUGACUGUAAUAAUUGCGAUUCAAAAAAUAGAACUCUAAAAGCACGGUAUCAUUUAUCAUUACCUAUUUAAAUGGAAAUUUAAUCCAGAGUUCUGAAUAAGAACAAACAUUAUUUACAUAAAAAAAAUGCGGUAGUGGCAUAACUGCACGUGUACAUUUCAACGAAUUUCGUUGGGCUUAUCGCAAUGCUCAAACAAAAUGAAUUGAUGACUAAAUUUUUACUUAUGUAGUCAAUAUAACUUAUGUAUGGACCCUGACGGUUAACAGAGGUGACGGUUAAUAGAGAGACGGAUAAUCGAGGUUCCACUGUACCUAACUUUUUUAUUAUCCAACAUAAACGAAUGAAUCACAAAACACACAAUGUUAAGAAAACCUGAGGCUAUAGUUGGGUUUUAAUUUUAGUAUUUUAUAAAUGCUAGAAUAUUCCACAGGGUGAUGCGAACUUUGAGAAAAAAAAACACAGUUUGAUUGGUACACCCGGUAUACAAUGAAAAUUUACCUGUUUAACAACAAUAUUAUCACAGCAGUAUUGUUAAAAAAUCACUUAAAUCGGCUAACAGGUUUAGGAAAUACGAGACAUCAAAAAUGACCUAAUUUUUAAGUGGGCUGAUUUCUAUACACGUACGUUUAUUUUAAAUAUAAUGCGGUAUAGUUGAAAAAAUGCAUUUGAAUUUGAAAUUUCAAAAUGUGCAAAUUAUUUUUAAAUUCAAAUAUACAAAUUUGAUACGAAAAUGUAGUUUAUUUAUUUAAUAGCUGUAAAACACAUUUUUAUAUCAUUUUUUUACAAAUAUAGCGCUAACAACUAUAUUUUGGAACGAGCAGUUAUUUGCUGAAUAAAAUGCCAAUUUACCGAAA